AUGGCAUUAUAACCCUGCAAAAUAUUAUCUAUCAUCUCGCCAAAUCAAUUUAUGAUCUAAACACAAUAAUAAAAGAUUGCUAUUGUAGGAGAUGGAAUUCCCAACUUUUUAACUAAGGAUAAUUUGACUGUGAAGCAAAAGUCACUCUAAAGGUUUUUGGAAUAAUUAGCAUAUGUCAACUAGGAUGCAUUGUAUAUAUCAAAAUCGAAUCAAAUUUAAAUAAAUGGAAUUGAUCUGAUUCAAAAUAUUGAGGGUAAUGAAGAGAUAUAAUUAAAUCUAAUUGGUGUUAAGAAUUAAGCACCCAAAUAAUCUUAAGUGAUUAAUGAGUUUAUCAGACAAAAGAGGAAUAAGACAGUCAAAGCUAUUUUGGUAUCUUUCGAAUAAAGCAGUUUAAACUUUCUUUACUAAAAUGACACAAUCAUCUCAGUAGUACCAAAUGCAAUAACAAUUGACGGUAUCUAUUUUAUAUACAUUCAGAUUUUGGAAUCAAAGAUCAAGAGUACACCAAAUUGAUAUAGACUGAAUGGCUAAACAAAGAGUUUAAUCUCACUUUUAAAGGUACAUCCAUAAUGAGUGUUCUCUAAAAUGAAAAUGUCACUAACAUUCCUGUUUUAAGAGCUGAAUUACAUUUCACAAAUUAACCAAAUAUAGAACUAAGCAAUGAAUUUUAUUCCUCUUUAGUUCAAAAAGGUUUUGCCAGUAUUAGUGAUUGGGGGUAUUUAUUGUAAUAUAAAUCUAGUAAAUUAAACUUAUCUCAAAACUCAUUCUAGUUAUUGUAUUAGUGUUAGGAAGAAGCCAAACGAUAAAAUUUAGGAAUGUGGAAAGCUGGAGAAUUGGAUAGGGGUAUGCUGAACUCUGCUACUUCUUAAUUAUAAGGAUAAGUAGUUGAAAUAAUUGAGGCAAAUUAAUUCUAUAUAAAAACUAACACAGAAAAGUUGAAUGUCAAGUUAGAUAGGAUCUUUAUUGAAGGCUAAGAAGCAAAAGAAUUUACAAGAAAAUUAUUGAUUGGAAAAUAAGUGUAUGUUUUAUAAGUUGGUGACAACACUCCUUUAUAUUCUAUUCAAUUAAUCGAAAACAAUCUUGAUAUAGAGGAAGAACUUAUCUUGAAUGGAUGGGCUACACCAAAGGAGAAUCAUCCUGGCUUAUCCAAAUUCAAAUAUUAAUAAUUUUUAUAAAAUAAUUAGAUUGCCAAAUAGAAAAAACUAGGGUAAUAUAGUUAAGAAUUGACUUGGAGGGUUGAAGAUUAAACAGAUUCUAAAUCAGGAAAGUGUGUAAAUGAAAUAAUUUGGUCAAACAUUCAAAGAGACAAGUAAAGUGCCAAAUAAUCUGGAGUGAGCACUGGGAUUAGUAUAAAGGAGGAUUAUUUAUUAGAAGUUUUGAUCGAUAAAAUUCACCUUAACGGAUAGUUUUAAAUGACAAUCAUGAAAUAUCACUCUAUGGUCAACUUUUAAAUGAAUGGAAUCACUAAUCUACAUGAAUUUGAAACGAGUUUUCCAUCAAUAGCCAAAUAUCAAGAGCAAAGGUACAAUUAUACCUACAAUACAUUGAUGUAAAGAAAUGUUUGGGUGAAUUUUGAACAUUUUAACAUUUAAGAAAAUUAUUUUUAUGGUAGAAUUUAUCUCAAGAAAAAUAACAAAGAAAGUGAUUUUACUAUAAAUUUACUAUAAGAAGGACUAACAUUUUUAAAAAGCAAUACUGAUUAUUAUGAUAAAUAUGAAGAAGCAUAAAAAUAAGCAGAAGAAGAUAAAAAAGGAUUUUGGGUUGAAUCAUACGCUCAAUUCAUUUUGGAUUUCAUUCACAAUAAAUAGUCAUUGAAAAAGUAAGUAAAUGCAACAGAAAACAUUUAGGAACAUGAUAAUUAGUUAAUAGAGUAGGUUAUUGUUACUGUAGUUAAUGAUUGUAAUGAAUUUUAUAUCAGAAGACAAAACAAUCCUGAAUUUGAAGAAUUAGAAAUUUAAAUUGAAAAUGCACAGUUAAUUGUAACGUUAUCUUUUAUUAUAUCUAUUAUAGCCUUUAAAAAAGCCAGUAAAAAAGGGAACACUUUGUUUGGCCAGAUUUUCAGAAGACAACAGAGUUUAUAGAGCCUAAGUCAUCUAAGCAUUCAAGAAUGAUAGAUUCUUGGUUAAAUUCAUUGAUUAUGGUAAUAAUGAUGAAGUUGGAUACCAGGAAAUGGGAGUGCUUCCCUCUUAAUUUACUAGUAUCCCUUAAUAAACAAGGAUGUGUUCUUUGGCAUAUCUAAGAUUUCCACCUCAAACACAUGAAUUUUCAGAGGAAGCUGCUGAUAUUUUGAGAGAAUUAAUAUUAGAGCAGUCGUUUGAUUGCAAAGUUAAUUACACUGAAAAAAGUACAAAUAGGCAUUUUGUAACUUUAUAACAUUAAGGGCAAUUGGAUGAAUUAUAGUUUACUAUAAAUAAAGUUGCACUAGAUAGAGGGUAAUAAUUAGUGCUUAUGAUUUAAGUUUAGGGCGUAUUGAUCAUAGCAAACCUUAUAAUCCAUUGAAAUAAUUCUAAAGUAGUGAGUUAGAUGCCAAAGCUAAUGGGAUUGGUAUUUGGGGAUUUGAUGAUUGUUUGGAGGAUGAAAAGUAAUUUGAAGAUGAGUAUGACUUUUAUUAGUGA